AGAGAUUUAUUCUGUUUUGGGAGAGGUGUGUUGAGUGCCGUGCUGGGAAGGUAGCUAGCUACAUUUCAAAUGAGAUUUUCUGCAAAAUGCACACCUCUCCAUGCAUUUUAUUUAUUUAUUUACAUUUUAUAACAUACAGAGGCUCUUGAAAUCGUACAACUGCUGAUGUUAACGGACCCAGACCUCUUGUAGCGAGCUAGCUGGCUAGCUAUAAUUCAUAUUGAAGAUUAGCUAGCUAACAGGGGUUUGCGCCCUCUACUAAAUUCCUUCUUGCUUUCGGGAUGUUUUCAAAAAAGCCUCAUGGGGACGUCAAAAAAUCAACACAGAAAGUGUUGGAUCCAAAAAAAGAUGUGCUUACACGCCUGAAACAUCUGCGAAUCGUGAUAGAGAAUGCUGAAUCAGUUGACCUGAAGCAUUUCUUCGACCAGAACUACUCCCAUAUCUAUUAUGUGUUCUUUGAAAAUUUUGUCACGAUUGAAGUCAGCCUGAAACAGAAAGGUCACAAAUCGCAAAGGGAAGAGCUCGACUCCAUUCUUUUUAUAUUCGAGAAAAUAUUGCAGCUCCUACCUGAGCGAAUACAGGGACGAUGGCAGUUCCACAGCAUUGGGCUAAUCCUGAAGAAGCUGCUCCACACUGGGAACUCCUUAAAGAUCCGGCGGGAAGGCGUGCGCCUCUUCCUCCUCUGGAUGCAGGCCUUGCAGACCAACUGUCUCCGCGAGCAGCUGUGGAUCUUCGCCUGCCUGAUCCCCGGCUUCCCCUCCCCGCAGUCGGAGUUUGGCCCGCGCACGCUGGACAACCUGGUCAACCCUCCGCUCAGCCUGCAGGAGACUCAAGUCACUCCAGAGGAGAUCACUCCCCUCGUUCCUCCGCAGUCUGGGGACAAAGGCCAGGAAGAUCUCACAGGCUAUUUCUUAGAAGCACUUUUGAAAUACAUGGUAAACCAGGCAAAGAGUCUGGAAUGGAAAUGCAAAGAAAAUCACGAAAAGGGCUUUGCCUUUCUAUUUGGAAACUUCAAGAAGUAUUAUCUGCCCCACAUCUUCCCCAACUUUUCCAAGGAGACCAGUUUGUACAGUCCCAUACUGGAGGUUCCUCACAUGAGACCAAAGCCUCAUUACGUCAUCGUAAAGAGAGACGCCGAGACCAAUGAAUCCAUCUAUUGCACUAAGGAGAUGUUCCUGAACGCCCGAGUCAUCUUCAUCCGCUGGCUGGUGUCCUUCUGGCUGGAGCCGCGCUCCAACACAGGGACCCACAUCCCCGGGGUGGAUGGAGAGAAUGUGCCAAAGAACAUCCAGAAAGCGGCGGCAGGGCUGGCUGCGCGGGAGGAGGGGUGUCCGCGGCCGGACGCCCUGGAGGGCGGGGCGGAGCCCGAGCAGUCCCACUCCAACACCAGCACGCUGACCGAGCGUGAGCCCAGCUCCUCCAGCCUCUGCAGCGUGGACGAGGAGCACCUGACCGACAUCGAGGUGGUGCGCAAGGUCUUCUGCUCCUCCAGGACCAACGUCAACUUCAUCACAGAGGUCUUCCGACAGGCCUUCCUGUUACCCAUCUGCGAAGCGGCGGCCAUGAGGAAAGUGGUGCGGGUCUACCAGGAGUGGAUCUCGCAGGAGGACAAGCCGGUCUUCAUGAGGGAGCCGGAGGAGGAGCGCUACUUCCCCGCCUCCGACGCCGCCCACCUCGACCCCGCCGGGGAGCACGGCUCCGAGAAGGAGGAGGAGGAAAAAGGCGUGGAAUCCUCCGGGCACGCCAGGAACCCCAGCUGGACGCGGAACACGUCCUAUCAGGGCGCUCUGAACAAGGUGCCGGCGAGCGAGCUGCUGGAGUACAGCGUGCAUGCAGGCAUGCAGGCGACCCUGCAGGUCUUCAUCACCAACUCCUGCAACGUUUUCCUGCUCGAGCCGGCCAACGACAUAAAGUUCCUGCUGGAGGAGCACAUCGACAUGUGCAAGCGGGUCCUCAACAUCUACCGCAGCCUGGUCAUGCACGAGACGAUGGAUCAGAAGACAUGGGAGCAGAUCCUGCUGGUGCUCCUCAGGGUGACGGACUGCGUGAUGAAGAGGCCUCCCUCCAUCAUGCCCCACGGGAAGAAGACCAUGACUCUCUCCGGGAGGCUGGCAGGGGCCAUCUUUCAGACUCUGAUUGUGGCCUGGAUCAAAGGGAACCUGAACGUGUACAUCUCCCGGGAGCUGUGGGACGACCUGCUCCAGGUGCUGUCCUCCCUGACCUGCUGGGAGGAGCUGGUGACGGAGUGGUCGCUCACCAUGGAGACCCUCACCAAGGUGCUGGCGCGCAACCUGUACAGCCUGGACCUGAACGAGCUUCCCCUGGACAAGCUGAGCGAGCAGAAGCAGAAGAAGCACAAGGGCAAAGGGGGCGCUCACGAGGGGCAGAAGCUGUCGGUGGACAGGUCCUUCUCGAAGGGCUGGAGCCGCGACCAGCCGGGCCAGGCGCCCAUGAGGCAGCGCAGCGCGACCACGGCCGGCUCGCCGGGCAUCGAGAAGGCCAGGAACAUCGUCCGGCAGAAGACCGUCGCCCUGCGAAGCUGCUCCACGGGCGACAGCAUCCUGUCUUCAGCCUUUAUCCGCAGCGCUAAAAGUGCACCUGUCCUGAUCCAUUCUCUCCACCCUCUCCUGCCUGACUCUGUCCUCACUCCCCUAGCUGACGAGCUGUCAGACAUGGAGGACCCCCCAGUGGCGCCCCGCGGCCCCCGAAUCCGCCACUUCUCCCAGAGCGAGGAGACGCCCCCCUGCGAGGUGUUCUCCGCGUGCAGCGAGGAGCAGCCCCUCCCACGCAGCAGCAGCACGUCCGACAUCAUGGAGCCCUUCAUCGUCGAGCGGGUCAAAGGUGCUCUUCCUGUCCUUGACAGUCCGUCCCCCGCCACCCCGGGCUCGCCGAGCCCCUCCCUGCGCCCCGCGGGCCGCCCCACCCCCGGUGCCGGCAGCAGGGCCUCCUCCCUGGAAGUGGGCGAUAGCAUCUAUGACCACCUGUGCCAGAUGAUAGAGCCCCCCGAGCCGCCCCCCUGCCCCGCCUUCCCGGCCGGCCGGCCCUGCGAGGGGGAGGCAGAGGAGGACCUGCUGUCCUCCCUCAGGGAGUACCUGAGGCGCGAGGGGGAAGAGGGCGGGAUCGCGCACACGCUGUUAGACAGGGCCCAGUCAGGGGACGGGGGCAGCGCCGAGUCCACGGCGGACGAGGACAGCUUAGACCAGCCAGAGCAGAGCAUCUACGAGUGCCUGGAGCAGUGCGGCAGGGCGGAGCGCUCAGGGCCCCAGAGCAGGGAGCUGUACAUUCACGAGGACACUAGGGGGAGCCACUUACACAGGCAGGACGCCACAGAGUGCGAGUCUGAGCCGGUCCCUGCAGGCAGGGAGAGCGGAGAGGAGAGCGCCCCCCUCCCCUCGCUCGCCCCCCUCCAGGAGGCCUGCCCCCGGGGCGAGGCCCCCCGCGCCCACGGCCACGCCGGCUUUAAGCCCCGGCUGGUCCGCGGGGGCGGCAAAAAGCGCCACAGCGGCGUGCACGUCAGCUUCCGGCCCUCCACCGAGUCCGUCCAGUUCCACAACCCCUUAGACUCCAAGGAGGCCCACUGGAAAACCAGGCUCCGCAGACUCAGCCACUUUAGCAGUAGCGUUAGCAGCAGCAGCAGCAGCAGCGGCGGCGGCGGCGGCCACCCCUCGGCGGGGCCAGAGCACCCCAGGCCGGCCGCGGGGCCCAAGGGCAGGGAGGGGUCGGUGGAGGGCCCCUACGGGGACCAGCCCGAGAGGGAGGGGGCUCUGCGCAGCCGGCUGAGCCGCGGCUCCAUCAGGCCCCGGUCCAGGUCCCGGUCCCAGGAGUCAGGGUGCAGUCACUCGCAGCAGCAGCAGGGGGCGCUGGGCGGGGUGUAUAAAUCUGUCGUACAUGCUCUCUCCAAGCCCAAGGCUCACGUCUCCCCGCAGCGGCAGAGCAAAGUGCCGGCCGAGGCGCCCCUGAGGGAGCUGUACACUCAUGUAAUGGGCUAUUUUGGAAGGAAAGCACCAGCCAAUAAAGAAGACCUGAGCCAAAAGAUGCGCCCCGUGUCCAGCGACGCCAGCAACAGCAACCCCAACAUCAGCGACCCCAUGGACGAGUUCAUCCAGGAGCGGCUGCGGGCCCGGAGCACGUCUGGAAUGACCAGGCGAGGCAGCAGCCCCGGGAGCCUGGAAAUCCCCAAAGACCUCCCAGACCUCCUGACCCGCCAGAACGCCAUGAGGCCCAUCGACGACCCGGGCGUGCCCUCGGAGUGGACCUCGCCGGCCAGCGCCACCAGCAGCGACCUCAUCAGCUCCGACAGCCACUCGGACUCCUUCAACGCCUUCCAGUACGAGAGCAAGUUUGAAAACUUUCACUUCGGGCCUGAGGUGUGUGCGGUGGGCUCCCUGGAGAUGGACGGGCUGCCCGCCGCGCAGCAGCAGACUGUGGAGGAGCAGGAGCUGGCCAGCCUGACCACCCUGCACAUCGACUCGGAGACCAGCAGCCUCAGCCAGCAGGCGCUGUCCGCCGACACCGUCACCAUCACCGGGUCGGAGAGCACCUCCCCUAUGCACUCCGCGGGGGGCUCCCGCUCCCAGACCCCCUCCCCCGCCACCCUGAACGCCGAGCACAUGGAGCACAAGGACCUGCAGCUGGAUGAGAAGCUGCACCACUCCGUCCUGCAGACCCCUGAUGACCUGGAAACCAGCGAGUUUCCGACCGAGGAUUGCAGUGUGAUGGCAGGAGGAUCCCUGACUGGUUGGCAUGCCGACGUUGCCACGGUGAUGUGGAGGCGAAUGCUGGGCAUCCUGGGGGACGUCAACUCCAUCAAAGACCCGGAGAUCCACGCGCAGGUCUUCGACUACCUCUGCGAGCUGUGGCAGAACCUGGCCAAGAUCAGAGACAACCUGGGAAUAUCCCUUGACAACCAGACGUCCCCUCCCCCUCCGGCUCUGAUCCCACCCCUGCGCAUCCUGACUCCCUGGCUCUUCAAAGCCACCAUGCUGACAGAGCGAUACAAACAGGGGAAACUGCAUGCCUACAAGCUCAUCUGCAAGAUCAUGAAGAGGAGGCAGGAUGUGUCCCCCAACUCAGACUUCCUCACCCACUUCUACAACAUCAUGCACUGCGGCCUUCUGCAUGUCGACCAGGACAUAGUGAACACUAUCAUUAAGCACUGCUCCCCGCGGUUCUUCUCCAUCGGCCUGCCAGGAGCCACCAUGCUCAUCCUGGACUUCAUUGUGGCAGCCAGCAGAGUGACGGCCUGUUCCUCCCUCAAUGCCCCCAGAGUGGAGGCUCAGAUCCUGCUGGGGUCUCUGGUGUGCUUCCCCAACCUGUACGAGGAGCUCCCCGCCUUGCACCCCACCACCACCGACGUAGUGAUGACCAAGUUCAGGGACGUCAAGGAGCACAUAGUUAAACACAUCCUGAGCUCUGCACGAGACGAGCCCUCGGCCCCCGCACGGUGUGUGGCUCUGUGCAGUCUGGGCAUCUGGCUCUGCGAGGAGCUGAGGCACAACACGCGACACCCGCAAAUCAAAGAGGCGCUCAACGUCAUCUGCGUGACUCUGAAGUUCCCAAAUAAAACCGUUGCGAUGGUUGCUUCGGAUAUCUUGCACUUGCUCAUAAACUAUGUGGAUGAUCUUCAGAAAUUCCCACCCGACACUCCCAAGAAAAUAGUUGAGAUACUCAUAGCAACAAUUACUUACCUGCUUCCUACCACAGAAUCUUCACCUCAUGAACCAGAUAAAAGGCUGGUGGUGUCCCUUCUGCUGUGUCUGCUGGACUGGGUCAUGGCCCUGCCUCCCAAAACCCUCCUGCAGCCAAUCCACACCCUGGUCCCAGACAAGGACAAGGCCGAGAAGUCCGUCCUCAGCUGUAUCUACAAGGUGCUUCAUGGGUGUGUGUACGGGGCUCAGAAUUUCAGCAACCCCAGAUAUUUCCCCAUCAACCUGUCGGACCUGGCCAGCGCUGACUACGACCCCUUCCUUCCCCUGGAGAGCCUGAAGGAGCCGGAGCCGCUGCACUCGCCCGACUCGGAGCGCUCGACCAAACUGCAGCCGGUCACAGAGGUGAAGAGCCGCAUGCAGCAGGGCCUGAUCUCCAUCGCCGCGCGCACCGUCAUCACCCACCUGGUCAAUCACCUGGGCCACUACCCCAUGAGCGGCGGGCCGGCCAUGCUGACCAGCCAGAUCUGCGAGAACCAGGACAACCCGUACAGCGAGUGCGCCGACCUGUCGCCGGAGCUCUUUGAGAGCCCCAACCUGCAGUUCUUCGCCCUCAACGGCACCACGCUGCUGUCCAGCCUGCAGAUCCGCGCCGAGGACAACGUGCCCGGCGGCGGCAUGUCGGCGGGCCUCACCACCACCAGCACCAGCGUGCGCGUCAUCGUGCGCGACAUCUCGGGCAAGUACUCCUGGGACUCGGCCGUGCUGUACGGGCCGCCGCACUGCGGCCAGCCCAGCCCGCCCCUGGGGCUGCUGGUCCGGCACCCCGGCCGGGCCCAGGCCUGCGAGGACGACCGGGACGGUCCACGGGAGGAGGGCGCGGAGGAGGGCGAAGAAGAAGAGGAGGAGGAGGAGGAAGAGCGGCGGCGGGAGGAGGAGGAGGAGGAGGGCAUUGAGGAGGCGGGAGGAGACGAGGAGGAGGCGGAAGCGGCGGCGGACGAGGAGGAGGACGACGACGCCACGCUGGAGUUCAUCCCGCCGCUGGCGAAACGUCGCUGCCGGGAGGUGGUGCCCUCGUGGGACUCGGUGCGGGACGAGGACGACGCGCUGGACGAGAUGCUGCAGUACCUGGGCGUCACCAGCCCCGAGUGCCUGCAGCGGGCCGGCGCGCCCCUCAACAUCCCCGCCCCGCCGCCCUCCUGCGUCUCCGAGAAGCAGGAGAACGACGUCAUCAACGCCAUCCUCAAGCAGUUCACCGAGGAGAAGGGCUUCGCCGAGCGCCGCAGCAACGACGUCAACAUGCGGGCCAUGGAGCAGGACGAGCCCCUCCCCCAGAAGCCCCAGUCGGCCUUCUACUACUGCAGGCUGCUGCUCAACAUCCUGGGAAUGAACUCCUGGGAGAAGAGGAGCAAUUUCCAUCUCCUGAAGAAGAAUGAGAAGCUGUUGAGGGAGCUGAAGAACCUGGACUCCAGGCAGUGUCGGGAAACGCACAAGAUAGCCGUGUUCUACGUGGCAGAGGGACAGGAGGACAAGCACUCCAUCCUUUCCAACACCAGCGGCAGUCAGGCUUACGAGGACUUUGUGUCUGGGCUGGGCUGGGAGGUGAACCUGACCAGCCACUGCGGCUUCAUGGGCGGCCUUCAGAAGAACCGCAGCACGGGCCUCACCACCCCGUAUUUCGCCACCUCCACCGUGGAGGUCGUCUUCCACGUGUCCACGCGCAUGCCCCCCGACUCGGACGACUCGCUCACCAAGAAGCUAAGACACCUGGGAAACGACGAGGUGCACAUCGUGUGGUCGGAGCACUCCCGAGAUUACAGGAGAGGGAUCAUUCCCACAGAGUUUGGAGAUGUCCUCAUCAUCAUUUACCCCAUAAAGAACCACAUGUACAGCAUCCAGAUCCUUAAGAAGCCAGAGGUUCCCUUCUUUGGCCCCUUGUUUGACGGCGCCAUCGUGGACGAGAAGAUCUUGCCUACGCUGGUGCGGGCCACGGCCAUCAACGCCAGCCGAGCCCUCAAGUCCCUCAUCCCCCUCUACCAGAACUUCUAUGAGGAAAGAGCCCGUUACCUGGAAACCAUCGUCCAGCACCACCUGGAGCCAACCACUUUUGAGGACUACGCUGCCCAGGUCUUCUGCCCCGCCCCCUUCCAUCACCUCCCAUCAGAAGCAGGCUCAUGCCACGAGAGUCAGCCGGGCGAAAGUCCAGCGGCACAGGUAGACGGGAGCGACUUAGCCUCGCCAAUGUCUCCUCGUGCUAACAAGAGCCGCAUGUCCAUGAAGCUGCGUCGCUCGUCCGGCUCCGCCAACAAAACCUGACCGCUGCCUUCCCACCAGAACUACGCCCACCCCCACCCUACAGCAAUGGACUGCGCCCACCCCACCCUCAGAACACCUCACAUCCCAAAGCAGGACCUGCCUCCUACCACACACUGCGCCGAAGAGGGACCCUGUCCACAAACACACACACACACACACACAGAUGUAUAGAGAGAGAGAGAGAGAGACAGAG